AUGCCCGAUGAUCAACAGACCAGAAACGUCGUCAACGGCGGUGAUGUGCCUUGCUCAGCGCCACCCCAGCAGAAGCUGGAGGAGGACGACGAGGGCUACGUGCACCCUGACACCGCGACGCUCUUCGACGCUUUCCCGUUCAUGCGCCACUUCCCGAUCUUUGGAACGGCGGUGGUGCCGUUUGGACCAAAGUGUACGAUGUCGCUUGGUGUUGUGUACAUCCUCAGCAAAGGUCUCGCGAGGACGCUGCUCAACGCCUCCAGGUACGCCAUGUUCAUGAAGAAGUACGGCGUCACCACGGCGGUGUACCAGCGCAUCUCCGGUAUUGGCUCCAUGGGCUUCUCCAUCAAGCCGUUGACAGCCAUCCUGAGUGAUACGUUCGCUUUCUUUGGCUACACGAAGCGGUGGUACAUGGCCAUGUCAUGUGUUGCCGGUGCGGUAUGCGCUGUUGUGUAUGGUUUGCUGCCGUUUAAGUCGUCGAGCGCUGGCAUCGCGGGCGGUAUGAUUUUCAUCUCCGUCUUCUGCAUUGCGAACAUCGAUGUGCUGUCGGAGGGUCACUACAGCCGCCUCAUCAAGCGCCACCCCGUUCCUGGUGCGGACCUAAUCUCGUGGAUUUGGGCUCUCAUCAUGGUGGGCGCGAUCAUCGCGUCGGCCAUCCAAGGGCCGCUUUCCGACUUGGGCCGCCCUACCGUUGGCAUCUUCAUCUCUGCAGGUCUGCAGGCUUUCUGCAUGCUCUUUUUCAUCUUUAACUGGUACGGCGAGAAGAAGAACCUGGUCGAGCGCAAGGAGGACUACCUCUUUUUGCUGAAGGAGGCCCAGAUGCGGGGUACAGACUCGGAGCCGAUCAAGGAGGGCGUCUUCGGGUACGACAGCACCACGAACAAGAGCAAGUCCGCCGCGCCGUAUCCCGAGUCCUUCGCGCAGAACGGCGGUAACGAGCUGGUGAGCUGUGUUGAGCUUGACCAUGACGAGAUCGAGUGCGACUUUGUCGCAACCACUUGCAUGUGUGGCAUCUUUGGAGUGAACAAGGAGGUCAUCUUUCGCAACGUCUCCAUCGCCGUCUACGGCGUCAUCAUGACGGCUGGCGUCAUUGCGCUGACGGUGCUCAACAUCACGGGCUCGACCUACGAGCUGCUCUACGGCUGCAUUGGCAUCUCCCUUAUCCUGUGCGUGACCGGCUUCCUUUGCAUCCCCAUGACGAUCAUGAAGGCCAACUUCUUCGGGUGGUUCCAGCAGGUGUCAUACAUCCUCAUCUCAGGCGGGACGGACAACUUCUACAUGUCGGACGCCGCGUGCCUGCCGGACGGGCCGCACUUCACGCAGACCUUCUAUAACACGGUGGGCAGCGUCAUUGGCAACGCGGCUGGCCUCAUUGGUGUGUACAUGUUUGCGCGCGUCUUCUCGAAGCAGAGCUACCGCGUCACGCUAGCCUGCACCAUCCUUGUCCAGGUUCUUGCGAGCGUCUUUGACAUCAUCAUGGUCGAGCGCUGGAACUUGUACAUCGGCAUCCCUGACCAUGCCAUGUACAUCAUGGGUGAUGCUAUCGUGUACGAGGUGUGCUACAUGCUCAACUACAUGCCGCUAAACAUGCUCAUCUCGCGCCUCUGCCCAAAGGGGUGUGAGAGCACGAUGUUCGCAAUCCUAGCGAGCUUCAGCAACAUGGGCUCCUCGACGUCGUCCACGAUUGGCGCGAUCCUGAUGGAGACGGUGUGGCCCCUCUCCUCCAGCCCGCCGUGCGACUUCAGCAACCUGCGCUGGCUGCUGAUUGUUGGCCACCUCAUCACGCCACUCAUCGCCAUUCCGGCAGUGUUUGUGCUCAUCCCCGGAACCCGCAUCUGCGAUCCGAUCGACCCGAGGGAUGUCGAGGCCCAGUCCAUCUUUCAGACGUGGCUCAACAAGUUCACUGCAACGUUGGACACACACGCCAAGCCCCAGUGCAAAUCGCUGCCAGAUUCAGAGGAGAAACAGUAG